AUAAGGAUAAUUUAAUAAUUUAUAUAAAUUCAUUAAUCAUAUAAAAAUUUUAAAAAAUUUUAAAAAAUUAUAAUAUUUUAAAAAAUUAAAUUAUUAUUUAUAUAUUUUAAAAUAAUUUUAUUAUUAUUUAUUUUAAAUUAUACAAAGUAAAAUAUUUAAUUUUGAAAAGAUUCCCACGUGGAGGAAGGGGAGAGAGACAAGUUAAGCCCAUGGAAUCCAUUAAGUUGACGAUUAGACAAGAGUAGAGGAAUCAAGAAAUGUUCCUCCGAGACUCAGAAGCGGAGGCAGUGGAAGUCCAAAACCGAAAAGAUCCAAAACCAAAAAUGGGAAGAAGCGGGAAGCACGUGACAGUGAAGCAGCUAACAUCAAUACACAUUCACACCACAUUUCCGCUUUCUUCCCUUCGAUCAAUGCCUACUACUGCACUCUACUUCCAUGCUUCCCACUUCUCACUGCUGAAUGCUGAUCCUAUUCCUACCGCCCUCUGCUAAUUUUGGGGUCUCUCUCGCUGUUCAUCAUAUCCCUUUUCUUCAUUAUCAUCAUGUGGCAGGUUCUCUUAGCUGCUGCUGUUGCCGGAUCCACUGGUUUCGUCGCUAACCGCUUUCUCGCUCAAACCAAGCAAUGCGACCAUAAUGACGACGACCCUGGGAUAACAUCUGAGAACCCACUUUCUCUGCCCCCUAUGGUUCCUAAUGUUUGUUCGGGAUCUGGAUUCGAAAUCAACGCCGACACACAAGGCGAGAUCUUCAGGUUUUCUAGUUCGGAAUCUCUGAGGAAACCUGGGCUUCGGUCUCGGACUAGUGAUUCUCGACAGAAACCUCUGUUCAGGAGCCGACGGUCCAAGAACGGGGUCAAAAUUGCAAAGAUGGAGCAGAGAUCUGAUGUACAGGCACGAUCGGAGCAGAGUAAGGAUGGAAAGCGAUUAUCAUUUUGCUUGAAGAGAAGGAAGACCAUCAAGAAUCUAGCUGGCAAAACAGGAUUUUGUUCUUCCAAAGAUGGCUCCUUAUUUGGUCAGGGACUUGGCUUUGGAAUCAUGUAUAUGAUGUCUGCUGGAAAAUCUGAGAUCAGCAAGCUGAACAAGACUAUGGAUGAAACAGCUAAAGUUGUUCAGGAAUUAAAAUCUGAGCUCUGCAGAAGAAGAUCAUCAAGUACAUGGAUAAUUUCAGAUUCUGUCGACCAUAAUGAUUUGAACUCGUGCAAAAUAAGUGAUAGGAAUGAAGUGGUUCUCAAGAAUACAAGCAGUGAGGUCAGAGACACAUAUGUCAGAACUUCGAGUCUUCAUGCAGCAAGUCAAGAUGGUGAAUGUGGAAGCAGUUCUCUUACAGAGGAAUCAGCUCAACCGGUUCCAGAAUUGGAACAACUGGAAGCAGAACUUGAGCUUGAACUUCAAAAGCUUCCUGGGUGUACUCUUGACAGUCCCUCCCUUGAAGAAAUGGGACCAAAUUUGCACGAGUUUCAAGUUGGAGAUGAUGGGUGUUAUAAAACUGAAUUCGAGGGAGUAUUGGCAUCUGAACUGAGUCAGAGACUAAAUCAUUUGCUGAUAGAACGGCAGGAAAACCAGAUUGCAGAGCUGGAAUCUGAAUUGCAUUUAGCUCAGUCCAAAAUCCAUGAGAAGGAAGCUGAACUCCAGGCACUGAAGGACACUGUCAGACGCCUUUCUCAGAUAUCUCUAUCCACUUUUUCAGAUGAUGAAACUGAUGCCGGCUCUAAUCAAAAGGGAAGCAGCGUUAGAGGCCCUAACAACGUGGACUGCGAGUCAAAGCAAACCCUGGCUGGGGUCAAAAGGCCUAUUGAUUCUGAGGCAUGCGCAUGUUAUUACCUGAAUUAUUACCUGAAAUGACUCUUCUUGGUGGGAUAUGUAGGAGGAAUAGAAAUAACAGAGAGUAUAAAUUAAAAGGCGUUGUACUUGAAGAUUAAUGUGUCUGUCCGACCAUUAUCGGGAUAAAACAGAUCCUUGCUAGAUAUGUUAGACAGUAGAAUUGUGAGAAAUAUUCGAGCUUAACCCUCUUACGGAAGCAGAGAAUGGAGAACUGGAUUCGCAGAAGUAGGCAGGAAUCUAGAUUGGAUCAGAUAGUAAACCCAAUGGUUGGGCCUUGCUUGUAUAUUCAUCUGACAGUUUUUUUAUAAUUAUAUAUAUCAUACAUAAUUCUAGCA